AAGACCAAAGAGUGACGUCACUGAAAUCCCUCAGACUUCCGGCUUCGAGAUGCACCGGUAACCUGCCAAUAAAGUAUGAAGAAGGAUAAGCGGUAGAAGAUGGAUGAAAACGAGAUGAAGAAUUGCAAUAAAGUGCAGGGCUCACAUCGAAAAAGUCGGCUAUGUCUCGAGCGAUACACACAACAAUGAACGCAUCGAGCACUGAGGACACAGGAGUCGCGGUGGUCUUUAUUGGAGAAUGGAUCUGAAAAUAAACACAGAAAAGAAGCAAUGUGCCUGCUUGAUGGUCAUCUUUGCUGCCAUCUUUGCUCAUCUAGCGACUUGUCAUAGGACGUGCAAUCACCGCGUCCCUCUUCCGGAAGAGGUGGUCCAUCAUGUGUAUCUGAAACCUGAACGUUUGAUGAAACGAAGCUCUGAUGACCUUCAUCUAAAAAUUAAGAUAAUCUAUGACUACAGUGUUGACCAGCUCCCCGCAGACAAGAGAAGACUUGUAAAGGAUAACCUGUUCCCGCAGGCAAUUGACUACCUCCAGAAAGCCUUAUUCGUGAGACGCAGGGUUGGGCCUAUUUUGCUCAGCAGACAAUGUGCAACCAACCAGUAUUUGAAGAGGAGGGAUGACCCACAUCGCUACUGCCAGAAUGCCUGUGCAGAUGUCACACGUUGUGGCCCAGUUUUGAUACCCCAACACCACUUACAGCAAUGCAAGAUGUGCAGUGAGUCAGGGAAGUCCUGUGGUCCCACAGGCCCCCCAGAUGGCCCAGGUGUGGAAGGGUUUGACUUUGUACUCUAUGUGAGCAGUGUCAUCACUGAGCGUUGUGGACAGGAAAACAUUGUGGCCUACGCAGCUUACUGCCAACUGGAGUCGGAGUUGGACAGACCUGUUGCAGGUUAUGCCAACUUGUGUCCCACCAUGAUCACCUCACAGCCGCACGAGUUUGAAGGAAUGCUCUCCACCGUCAAACAUGAGAUUAUUCAUGCUCUGGGUUUUUCUGCAGGUCUGUUUGCUUUCUACCGUGACGAUGACGGCAAACCUUUGACUCCUCGCUUCGCCAGUGGCCUGCCUGCCUUUAAUGAGAGCCAGGGCCUGUACCAGUGGAGUGAGGCAGUUAUCAAUAGUGUCAGCAGGCUGUGGGACAUCAGAGGUGGGAUGAUAGUGCGACAUCAAGUACAUCUACUUGUGACACCACAUGUUGUGGAGGAGGCAAGAAAACAUUUCGAUUGUCCCAUUUUAGAGGGAAUGGAGUUGGAGAACCAAGGAGGGGUUGGAACUGAACUCAAUCACUGGGAAAAGAGACUGUUGGAAAACGAGGCCAUGACAGGCUCUCAUACCCAGAACAGGGUAUUUUCCAGAAUGACACUGGCUAUCAUGGAGGACACUGGAUGGUAUAGAGCCAACUACAGCCUUGCCCAGACACUCAAGUGGGGUCGUGGACUCGGCUGUGAUUUUGUCAUGAAGAGCUGCAAGUUCUGGAUGGACAAACAGAGACAAAGAAGACAUGCUGUGAUGCCUUACUGUGACACAGUGCGAGCUUCUCCUUUGCAGCUGAUGUGCAGACAGGACCAGCUAGCUGUCGCUGUCUGCAACCUGCAGAAAUAUCCACAGGAGUUGCCGCAAGAUUACCAGUACUUUGAACAGAUUCCAAAUGUGGCUGCUGACCAGCUGACCUUUUUUGGGGGCGCAGUGGAGAUUGCUGAUUUCUGUCCUUUCAGUCAGGAGUUCAGCUGGCAUGUGAGUGGAGAGUAUCAAAGAAACUCCAACUGCAGAGUUUCAGAGAACCAGCCAGAGUGGUGGAAAAAUUAUGCAGCAGAGCAGUAUGGACCAGAUUCCAUGUGUUUGUAUCAGAAGUCAGCCUUUGUCAUGGAGCAGUGCACCAGGAAGAUGGCGUACCCCGACUGGGGUUCUGGCUGCUACAAGGUGUUGUGCACAGCACAGGGUCUGAAGGUGUAUGUGCAGGAACAUUCCUUUCUCUGUCUUCGUAAAGGGCAGCUGCUCAGCGUGAGUGUGCAAGUCAACGACUGGGUGUACAACGGUGUCCUAAUCUGCCCUGCCUGUACGGACGUCUGCGACGACUGUCCCGUCCCCCAUGAACUCCCAACCAGAAACACCUCCAGGACUAAGACAAUAGAUCCGUGCUCCAGGUAUGAAGAUAAAGCCAUCACUGUCAAGCUCCAGCUCGCCCUUGCUGCUGGAGUGCUCUUCUGCCAAUUCAACUGACAGAACGCCGCAGAGCACAUGAAGUAAUGUUUCGUUUUCUUAGAUAACUUGAAUUUUUGUGCGUGUUAUUUUCUAUUGGACAACCUUGGCAAGUGUGUAUCAGAAAAUAUUAUUUAUUUAUUGCAAUUGCACUUAAUUAGCAUUGAUUUUGAGAUGACAUGUCGAACCCCUGAGCAGCUGGACCUUGCUCAAGGGGCAAAACUCAGGAAGCACAAUGUUUGGUCCCCAACAACCAUCCAAACCAGAAGUGUUUGGCGCACAGGUGCUACAGCCCCAAUAUUGUAUACUGCUUGUUCUCAAGUUGAACUUAGAGUGGAUACAAAAAAAGUUGUGUUGGAUCAGUGUCACUGUUUUGUGAGUGCUGAAAAGCAUUAACACAAUACAGUAUUCUAUACCAUUUUUCACCAAUUCAUCAUUGUGUGAAUGCUGAAAGAAAACAUCUUAUUCUACGCAUUAAUUUUGCAAUUUUCACUGAAAGUCGUAUAUAUUGUUCCUCAACGCUAUCUUGCUAGGAUGCUAACUUUUUUAGCUGUUUUUUCAGAAAUACAAUUAGGGAUGGGCACCGAAUCCAGCCGGUGCUACCGGGCACCGCUUCACAUAAAAUCCAACAAUGCCAUGUUACGGUACCUGGGUUGCCCGUGACGUCACGCCCAAAUUGCAGACUGAGUCAGAUCUAACUAGGGUCGUAGCGAUAAACAGUAUUAAUGAUAACGGCAGUAAAACUCCCGACGGUUAGUAUUACUGUUUUAAAUUAAAAUUAUCGAAAAACUGAGAUUGAUAACCACAAUUUGAUUAAAAAAACGGACUGACUGGCGUUAGCUCGCCAGUUUGAAUGCUAACAUGAAAACAUAAAACAGUAAAGUCUUUCCUCAUUAAGAAACGACAUACCCCAAUCUAAACUUAUAUAAACACAUUACUGUCUGAGCAACUAAGCUAUUCAAUUAAGCACAUCAAACCUACAAGCUAUGCUAUCAUAGCACGGAAUGAUCAAUCCGAGAAAUAGGAGGAAGUGUCCAAGGACAACUGAAAAGAGUAGGACAUCCAGAAAGUGCAACGGCUGCCAGAAAUAAUAAAUAAGAUUGUUGUUUUUUUUCAACACACUUUUCAUUUAAAUAAAUCUUAAAGUGCUAAAGUACAAACCAAUAUUUAAAACAAAGGUUUAGCCACCCGCGACCCCAAAAAGGGACAAGCGGUAGAAAAUGGAUGGAUGGAUGGAAGUUUAGCCAAUACAAUAGAUAAAACAGUAAGAUUAAAGAAUAUCAGUGAAGAAUAAGAAACACAAAACAUGCGAAAUAUCGAGUUUAUUUAUUUUAAAAAAUUUAAGGAUUUCAGUGUGUGUGUAAGUACUUUUUGAGCACAUUCAAUAAUAUUGCAAUUAUAAUAUCGGUGCUAAUUUUGUUGACAAUAACCGUGAUAGAAAAAGUUCAUAUUGUUAGAUCCCUAUCACUAGCACUUGGCCAUCACUCCAGCAGGACUGAGAGCGGCCUCAGCCAAACUGCCUCCUGCUAAUGCUGCAAAUUUCAAUGCCGACAAAGAAAUGGUCACAGAAAUGUAAUAAUAAAAUUAAGAUAUAACAACUAGACAGAAGUUAUAAUCAGCUAGUUUUUAAAUUUACAAAACAUUUAAUUUUAUUUUAUUAUCAGAUAAAAAUACAUAUAUAUAUUUAUUAACACACUUAAAAAGACCGAAAAUUGUUACCGUUUAGGCCUGGUAAUCGGUACCGUAUUGGUUCAAAUGUGAAAGGUACCCAUCCCUGUAUACAACUAGGAGUUAUUUACGGUAAUUUCCGAACGAUACAUAAUGCAGCGAAUUUAUGGAUUUUUUUCCAGGUUCACGAGGUUCAUGCCGCCAAUAAAUUUUGCAUUGUCACAUCAAACCAAUGAAAUUGCCGAACGGGUCACAUUGGACCAACGAAAUUUUUCUCAUUAUAUCAAACACACUCACACAAUCAUUCCGUCAGCCAUUUUGCGCAUUAUGCACUCACCCUCAUUAUGGCGAGGUUCAACUCUGACACCGAAGACGACGACCUCGGCAGUUUCAGUGCGCAGUGGAAGGAUGAUGAAAAUAGCCCUUAAUGAAUUUUCUGGUCAGCGACUGUAUGCCGUGUUACAGGCACAGUCUUUUGUUGAAUUGGUGAAUAAACUCAAGCGCCUGUGUAAAUGUUUCAUGUUACAAUGUGUACACUGCAGCCUACAGACUUUAUAUGUACAAAAUAAAAUAUGCAAAAAAAAUAGUUGGUGCGGUUUAUAUAUUUUGUUUAUAUUUUAUGUAUUAUAUCUGUAGUCCGGAGAUUACGGUACUUUUUUACUUGAGGCUGUCUUGAGGCUCUACUCUGCUUAGGCUGCUGCCCCCGCGACUCAACUUCAGAUAAGCGGAGGAAGAUGGAUGGAUGGUCAAAUAAGUUAAUGAGUUUGUGAGGGGGAAAGAACCUUAGGGUUGACAACAGUUUUUUGUUUUGUUUUGUUGCUAUAGAAAAUGUGAAUAAUUUAUUUUUGGAAUGUGACAGUGCAUUUAUUUUGAGAGGAGCUGAGAGGUUGGCUGCGAGCCAAUGGGGAAGAGAUACUGUAUGUCCUCAGUUACUAUAGCAGAUAUGAAAAUAGGCGUUUCUUAUUAAUGAUUUUAAGUUAUUGGUAUAAAUUGGAAAUUUCAAAUGAGAGAAAAGCCCUCAAAAUAUUGGUUUUAUUGGAUCAAAUUAAUUUAUGUUAGAUAAGCCCAGUUUGUUAUAGUCUAUUUUAUUUUGUAUUGUCUUUGCUCAUUUUUACUUUUAUUUUCGAUGUUAGAUUAUUAGUUAAACUUGGAAAAUUUCAGAUGAUAUGAAAGCCCUCAAAAUAUUGUCUUUAUUGGAUUAAAUGUAUUUAUUUUAAAUAAGCCCAGUUUAUGUUAUCAGUCUCUUCUAUUUUGUAUUGUCUGUUCAUUUUUACAUGUAUUUUUCCUAACAAAUGUUUUCUGUAUGUGGAUUGUGUUUGAAUUGUUUUGUUUUAUAUUGAUGUAAAUUGUAAUGCCUGAUGUCAACUGUAGCUUCGGGCCUUAUUUUGUUUGUAUAUUCAUUCAGGCUGUCAAAAUAAUGUGAUUAAUCACAAAAAAUUAUUGCAUGAUUCAUAAACAUACAGAUGAAUUUUGCAAAUUAUUUUGACCUUGAAGCUCUUUUACCUUAACCGCUAUAUAGGGUCAGUAAUCAGAACAGUACACAGAGCAUCAGUACACAAAUGUGUGAGGAGACUCUGAUUGGUGUGCUCACUGGCAGAUUUCACUGUAAAACACAGCCUGGAAGUACUUUGGAUAAAACUGUUACCAAUUUUUCCUGG